UCUCCGCCUGCCUCCUCCAAAAUUUAUCUUUUAAAAACCUCAGGCAGAAAAAAGAAAAAGGAAAGUUUAUAAUAUUGAUGUUAAAUACAGUUUGUGAGGGAUAUUUGGUAAAUCUUUUUCAAGAAUGAAAUGCUAAUAUUUUAAUAGCAUAUAAUAAGUAGUCUUGAAAAGCUCAUAGCCUUUGUUUCCUUAAAAUCCACCCCCCCUCUCUCCAUCGUUUCUUAACCCAUUCCAAUUCGUCGGAUCCUUCAAACUUGGGUCAAAUCAUAUCAAUACACUCUCUCCAGCAAGCCAAGGUCAAACUUCAUUUCCUGGAGCCGAAACCGGGUUUGUAUCCUAGCCAGGGUUCUUAAGAAGGAGGAGGAGGAGGAGUUGAAUUAUGGCUCAGGCUACGGGGAGGAACGGCAGGGUAGUUGGAGACUACUUGGUGGGCAGGCAAAUCGGGUCGGGUUCUUUCUCGGUAGUUUGGCACGCGAGACACCGAGUCCAUGGAACCGAAGUCGCGAUAAAAGAGAUCGUUACGAAUCGACUUAGUAAGAAAUUACAAGAGAGUCUCAUGUCUGAAAUUUUUAUUUUGAAGAGGAUUAACCAUCCUAAUAUUAUUCGCUUGCACGAUAUUAUCGAGGCUCCGGGGAGAAUACACAUAGUAUUGGAGUACUGCAAGGGUGGUGAUCUUUCUAUGUAUAUCCAACGCCAUGGGAGAGUCCCAGAAGCAAUUGCAAACCAUUUCAUGCAACAAUUAGCUGCUGGUUUGCAAAUUCUCCGGGACAAUAAUUUGAUACACCGGGAUCUUAAGCCACAGAAUCUCCUCCUCUCCACUAGUGACGAUAAUGCAGUUCUGAAAAUUGCAGACUUUGGAUUUGCCAGAUCUCUACAACCUCAAGGCCUUGCGGAAACCUUGUGUGGCUCACCCCUCUACAUGGCUCCAGAGAUAAUGCAACUUCAGAAGUAUGAUGCUAAGGCAGAUCUCUGGAGUGUUGGUGCCAUUUUAUUUCAGCUUGUGACAGGAAAAACCCCAUUCACUGGAAACAAUCAAAUACAGUUGCUCCAGAACAUUGUCAAAUCAACUCAGUUGCAAUUUCCUUUGGAUAAUAAGGAUUUGAGUGCCGAUUGUAAAGAUUUAUGCCAGAAAUUGUUGCGUCGCAGUCCAGUGGAACGACUUACAUUUGAGGAGUUCUUUAAUCACCCUUUUCUGUCUCAAAGGAAAAAAGACUUAUCAUUAAGUCGCAGGAGAUCUUCAAGGUCAGUAGAUGGAUUUUCUUUCUCUGAAAGCAAUCUUGGGAGGAAUGCUGAUGACAAUUCUCAGGAGGAUUGUCUCCCUUUCCUUCUGGAUGACGAUUCUAGUGGUCUAGAGUGUAGCCCUUUUGUUUCUAAGAGUAUGUUGCCGAUGAAGUCCACCUACGGAUUUUCUCUUGAUUCAGGAGUUGGGGGAAGGGAUGCAACAUCUAAUGUUCUCAAUGAUGUGGAUUUUACUUCGAGAUAUGAUAGUGCCAGACAGAACUUGGAAAAUGCUAGUUUUAGGCCUGGUAUCAAAAAAGCAUUGGAUGAAAAUCUAAAUGAACCUCCAAAAUCCAUCGAACAAAGAUCAGCGAACCUGAGAUCAAGAGUUGUGGAUUCACUGGAGUUGAUAGAUCAAGAUUAUGUUCUUGUUUCUGGGCCCCCUUUGGACGUGUCAUCUUCCACAGCAAGUACUUCCAAACCAAGCAAUGCACAAUCCAAGUCAGAGAGUCCUCCUCGAGCACCUGCCUACAUAAACACUACUCCAAGUGUCCCAAUGCCCAUAAUUGGCACUGCCAAUAAAAAUCUUUGCCUCUUUGGAAGCUUGGAAAUCCCGAGCUCUGCUCCUGGGACUUCUGAAGGAUCUGUUGAUCUGGGAGAUGCUUUGGAGCAGCCAUCAACUCACUGCAUGACUAGGAUUAAGUCAUUGCAGCAGUGUGCAACUGCCAUAACUGAAUUAGUGCUCGAAAAGAUAAAGGCAAGUAAGCUACUAGAAGCAUUCUCGAUCCAACUUGUCAUUCUUGCAAUAUGGAAGCAAGCGCUGCAUAUCUGCCAUACUCAGGCGGCGUCAGCUAUUGAAGGAAGUCCAAGCCAAGAGAGCUCAAGACUGAGCAGAAGCAGCAGCAAGAAGCAUGGGAACCCUGAUACAGAAGAUUGCCCUGAUGUUGGGCCAGAGAAUAUGUCCGCUGAGAUUGAGGGGGAAUUUUUACGGGAAGUUGAGCGAGCAGAGGUGCUUUCCAAGGCUAUUGAACCUGGAAGUAUAGUGAUGCCUGAUGCAAUGGAGACAAUAUUUCAAUCUGCCCUUUACCUGGGAAGAAUUGGAGGGGUUGAUGAACUCAUGGGUGAUUUGGAAAAGGCAGCAUUGCUAUAUUCAAAAGCAGUUCGUUUGUUAGUGUUCCUUCUAGUGGAAGCACCAUCCCUUAUCCUCAACCCUCCAUUUUCUCUCACAAACUCAGAUCGUUAUAGGCUCCGCCGUUACAUAGACAUCCUUAAUAAUAGGCAAAACCAUUCACGGCCUCCAAGGAUGGCACCUUCCAAACGCGAACCAUAGCGCAAGUUUUUUCCAUUGUUUCUGGUGUCCUGCCCUGUUUUAUCAUCUAAAAUAAUUUGUUUGUACAGUUAUUCUUUGAGUGAAUGGGACUUGUUAGAGGUUAACCUGUGUAUAAUGGUGGGUGUGGAAAGGAGGUUGUGGAUGUUGCAUCUUUCCUGUGCCUGUUAUUUAAAGAAUAAUUAGGCAACCCAGGAAAAGAAAAUGAAAGGAAGAAAGCAAUGUGCAUUCAUUUC